GUUUUUCAUCACAUUUCUUGUUACAUAAGCGAUUUUUUAUUUUCUACGUUAGGUACUUUGUCGCUCUUUUUACGUGAAUCAAUCAAAAGCUAAAAACUACUUACCAACUUUUUUCAAACGCGUUUUUUUCCUUUUCGGUUUUACGUUAAUAAGAGAUCCUACUCGAUCGAUUCAUUUUGUAUACGAUUCAGUUUUUCGUUAGAAGGUAGGAAUAAGUGAUUGUUAAUAGGAAGCACACGCUUCCUAUAGCAGCGAAGAAGGUGGUGGAAAAUAGGAAGAAUUAUGUCUGAGAGUGAUGUAACGGCGAUGAAGGACACGCUUCGAGCGCAGCAGCAGCUAUUGCAGAAGCUGUAUGCUGAAUUGGAUGAGGAAAGGGAAGCGUCCGCGACUGCGGCGAGUGAAGCGAUGGAUAUGAUAUUAAGAUUGCAAGGCGAAAAGGCUGCGGUGAAGAUGGAGGCGAGUCAUUAUAAGAGAAUGUCGGAGGAGAAGAUAGGCCACGCGGAGGCGACGUUGGAGGUUUUCGAGGAGUUGAUGUAUCAGAAGGAAAUGGAGAUUGCUUCUCUUGAGUUUCAGGUUUUGGCUUAUAAGCAUAAGCUUUUGACAUUAGGUGCUGAUUUUAAUGCGAGUGAGUUUGAAUUUCCGGAAGAUCUUUUGUUGAAUCGAAAUGAUCCAGAAAAUGGUCAGAGUAGUGCUAUAAGAAGGCUUAGUUCGUUGCCACCGAUUCCGUCUAAGAAUAAUUUGCGAGCUAACCGAAAGAGAGAUCGAUCGCCAACUCCACUUCCUGUUUCAGAUAUGAUUCCUAAUACAGUUGAAGGCAAGGAGCAAGAAGUCAUUAUUUCGCCGAAAAUGGAUUUGCCAACGAGAAAACCUAUGGACUUCACAUUUGGAACACUUGAUUCGUAUUGGGAUCAAAUCCAAAGGUUAGAUGAGAAAGUGAAUGGGAUAUCGGAUUGUAAGGAAUCGGGAGUUGAAAAGCUUUCGAACCUGAGGAGUAGAAGAGGGAGAUCGUGUUCGAUAUUCUCUCAUGCUAGCAACAAAUAUAGAGUACCUAUUACUAAUGCAGAUAAGGAAAACCACGCUGAACAUGACGCAGAUUCGGUUGCUAGUCCUUCUUAUUCGGUUAACGUGCACGAUGUGUUUGAAGUUCCGCAAACGAGUGAAAAGCAGGAAGAGAUUGAACAUGGGAAAAGAAGACUUGAGAAAUGGAUUUCAGAAGUAGAUUGCAGAUUGAUAAAACCAGACUCUGUGUCCGAGGAAAUCAUUGAAUCGCAUGUUAAACACGAUAUGGAGAAGCUAAAGAGUAUGAUGCUUAGCUCGCGUCAUGAAAUUAAAAAAUCAAAUCAUAAAGAUAUGAAGGAUGUCGUUGAUUCCAAUGCUGAAGCCGAGUUUCAAAAGUUGCAUCAGAGAAUCGAUAGGCUCGAGAAGGAGAGAGUUAGUACAAGGCAAGAAGAGAUUAGGCUUGAUGGCUACGGAGAAGAGCAUUUGAGAUUGUUGAAGGAUAUUCAGAAUCAACUCAAUUCGAUACAGUUAGAGAUGAGAAAAUGUAAUAAAACCGAAAAAGCCCCGCCUAAGAAGAAGGAAGAUGUUUCUUUAGGACCUCUUCUUCCCGAGGCAAUGCUGUACUUUUGGAUGUGAUCGAAUUCUAAAGAAUGACCAUCUCAGAUUCUCAAACAACUGAUCAACUCCGAGCAUUAUUCGGUGUACAUAUUAUACUUUGUUCACAAAAGGGAUUUCGUUUGGUAUAGGCAGGUAAAAUAGAUCGUAUGAACUGAAUGUUAGUUACUGAAGAGUGUAUACGGUUUCAUAUAGUUGCGUAUUUUACAAUAGUCACUAUACUGACAGGUGAUUUGAGUUCUUUUUGUGUGAUUCGAUGUAGUGGAUUGAAAAUGUCAUGCAAAAUUGACAAUGUAUUUUUACAGAAGUUAUCGUAUGUAUAUGUGUUGAUACCUAAUUCAGUUAUCAUCGAUAUUAAAGAAUUAAAUUAUCUUCUUU